AUGAACUUGGCUUGUAGAAAGAUUGUAAAGGAUUACUACUGCCCAGUCUGUAAAAUUCAUAAGGAGACGGUAUCUCAUGCUUUAUGGAGUUGUGGAGGAGCCAUGGAUGUUUGGGCAGAAAAUGCUAGUCCUGUACAGAAAUGGGUUUCAAAUGAAAGGGAGAUGCAAGAGUUGUGGGCAGAUUGGUGUGAAAAGCUGAGUAUAAAUGAUCUAGAGUUGAUGUUUAAACAAGUUCAACAGCAGAGUCAUAAGAAUCAAGAUGCAGGUAUAAGAAGGAGGAGAUCUUGUAGAUGGAAGGCUCCUGCAAAAGACCAAGUUAAAGUAAAUUGGGAUGCUACACUGAAUAUUAAGGAAGGAAGGAUGGGGAUUGGUGUAGUGAUAAGGGAUGAGAAUGGGGAUGUGAUGGUUUCAUUAUGCUCACAGAAAAGGAAUGUGCAAGAUCCUUUAGUGGCUGAACUACAAGCCUUAAGACAAGCUAUGAAACUAUGUGCAAACUUGAAUAUAACAGAAGUGAUAUUCGAAGGAGAUGCUUUGAAAGUGGUAAGAGCAGUAAACAAUCCUGAGUCAAGCUGGGAAUGGUAUGGUCAGGUAGUUAAAGAUAUCAAGGAGGUGCUGAGAAAUAGGACUAGUUGGAAGGUUAUACAUGCAUAUAGAGAGAGCAACUGUGUAGCUCAUUUUCUUGCAAAAUUUUCUUUUACUGUAAAUGAGGAUAGAAUAUGGAUGGAAGAGGGUCCGGAAGGUAUGCAAUUUUAUGUACUGAAGGACAAAAAUGUUGUUACUGAAGUUGAAUGA